GUUGCUCAAAACAGACCGAUCGUACAAGUGUUAGUGAGUUCUUCUUAUCGACCCGUUCGACGAGCAGCUCGCUCGGUUCGGACGUAUCGAACCAGCCCGACAGUCUCGAUUCAACGUGCCGGAUAGUUUUUCAAGUUUGUGCAUCAUUUGUGCUCGAUUCCCAAUUUAUAGCUGAUGGCGUCGACCGAAAAAACUAAAAGAAAAUGCUUGACGUUGCAGCAAAAAGUUGAAAUCAUUAAUCUGCUGAAACAGCAAAAGUGCACCAAAUCAGAUCUUGCGAGGCAAUACUGCGUAGACAGAACCACAAUUAGAAAAAUUGAACUACAACAGAAGAGCAUACUGAAGCUUGUUUCGGAGGGAUGUUCAAACAACUUUCAUCGGAGAAAAUAUGUAACCAGUGGCAAAUACAACGACCUGGAGCAAGCUUUACACGAUUGGUUGCUGGAACAGAGAGACCAAGAAGAAAUUGUCUCGACAGGUACGAUGUUAUCGAAGGCACAUGAGCUUGCUGCUGCGCUGGGUAUUGGCAACGAAUUCAAGGGUAGUGAAAAUUGGAUUCACAAUUUUAGGAAGCGACAUGGUUGGAGCCAGUCUACAGAUGAGAAGCGGUCUAAUUUAUUAAGUGUAGAAGUAGUUUGUGUAGAAAAUAAUACAGCGGCGUACUGUGAUGAUGAUACGUACGGAACUACAAUCAAGCAAGAAGUGAAAACUGGUUCGGAAUAUUCUGAAAGUAUGGAGCGCUGUCAACUGAUGGCACAGUAUUUGACAGAUAUUAUCGAGUGGGCUGAAGAUAUUUGCAUCGAGCCAGACUAUAUUGCUAAUCUUAGAACAGUAAGAACGAUUGCUUUAGAAAAGUGUUAAUUGUUUGAAUAGGACUACACUACAACUACACUUACUUAAUAAAAAUAAACCGUUAGUUUACAAAUUA